AUGCAUAUUUCCAAACAUGUUGCCUUCGUUGUGUCCUUGUGCCUAUCACGGACACUCGCCGACUUCACUGGACCUACCUAUCCACCACCGCUUGACCUCUCCAGCAACAGCAGCCUAGUCACCGCGAGCUGGAAGAACCUCUCGUCCCAGCUCGACACUUACCUGAAUGGUAAAAGCUCCGCGGCAGCAGCGUCCGGCAAUGUCACAUUCUCCAUUGGCAUGUUCUCCAUGCACGACCCUGCAGCGACAAAACACCAAUACCACCAUACGUCUCCCGGCGUCGCACAUGGCUCAUCCGGCGAGGGGACUCGCAGCGUCGACGGAGACAGUGUGUACCGCAUCGCCAGCGUGACCAAACUGUUCACCGUCUUCGCGGGACUGGUCGACAUGAAGGACGAGGAUUGGAACACUCCACUGACCAAGAUCAUUCCCGAAUUGGCCAACUUUACCAAAACCCAUGAGGACGGAAGCCCCGUGUACACCACGGCCUGGGACCAGAUCACACCGUGGGCCCUCGCGAACCAGAUCUCCGGCGUGGCCCGUCAGGGGGUCGCCGCUCUCGAUCUGCUCUUCGCGGCGGUGGGCGACCCCAACGCCACGGCGACCCUGAUGAAAGAGUACGGCGUGCCAUUCGCCAACGCCAGCGACUUGGGGACGUGCCUCGACAUCGACUGCACCGUGUCGGCGUACAUCCAGGGCGUCAUGGGCCAACCUCCCGUGUUCGAACCCUGGACCACCCCGGCCUACGCCAACAACGGCUUCAUCCUGCUGGGGAUCGCCAUCUCCCGGCUCACCAACCGAGCCAUGGAGGACAUGUACCCUUCGACCAUCUUCAAACCACUAGGGAUGACCUCCUCGUUCACUUCCGCGCCGACGGACAACGCCACCAUCUCCCGGUCGGUCGUCGUCGGUGUUCCCGCGGACGGGUUCGCCGCCGGCAACGGCCUCGCGCUGUCCUCGGGGGGACUGUACAGCACCACCAACGACCUGGCGCGGUUCGGCACCGCCAUAGUCAACUCGACCCUGCUCUCACCCCUGACGACGCGCAAGUGGAUGAAACCGACCUCGCAUACCGCGAGCCUGACUUACACGCACGGAGCCCCUUGGGAGAUCAUGAGAUACGUCCACCCUGAGGGAACCCCCAGCGCUGGGAAAGUGACGGACCUAUACACAAAAUUGGGUGACAGUGGUUAUUAUAAUGGUCAUAUGGUGAUUAUACCAGAAUACGGUGCCGGGUUUACAAUCCUAAGUGCCAGCACCAACAAUACACUCCGAGCCGCAGUCACAAAUGCCGUACUGGACAUGAUGGCCGCGGCGGUCAUUCCGGCUUUGGAGGGUGAAGCUGCCCAACAAGCUCGACACAACCUGGCAGGGACUUAUACUUCCGGAAAUUCAAAACUCAACUCUACCAUGACCAUUUCACUUUCCACCGACGACAUCGGUAGUAGCGGCAAAAACAACGGUGGCUACGGUGGUGGUUUGAGAAUCACCAAAUGGGUUUCCAACGGUACCGACGUUUUGGCGUCCGACUUGUUCGCCAACCUACCUACUCGAUUACUCCCCAGUCUACCGAUGAAGGAAAUGAGGUCGCAACCAGGACAAUCACCACGACAGGUUGCGUUCCAAGCCACCGUCAAUCCUCAAACAGCAAGCUACACGGCGGCCUCGGCCGCGGGGAUCGAGGGCGUCAUCGGUCCCUUUACCGGUUCCGCGGCCACAAACUCCGACUGGUUGACGGUCGACGGGGCCCACUACGACGACCUGGGCACGAACCUCAUCGUCUUCGACCUCGACCCCCAGGGGUACGCCACGAGUUUGACCCCGGCGGCGAUGAAGGCGAGUCUCCAGAGGGAAAGGGAAAAGUGA